UCAUCAGUUAACAGCAACAGUAACCAAUAGACAAGGCUGAUUGGAUAGAGCGAUGAUUGCUGCUUCAGUACACCUCAUUCCUCACCGACCGCCGAACCACCACCGUUCGAUUUUCCGGCCACGGCGGCGGCCGGUGCUGUGCACUGCCGAACGCCAGGCGCUGUUUAGCCGCAUUGCUCCUGUUUAUGAUAGCUUGAAUGAUGUGCUGAGCCUGGGGCAGCAUCGAAUUUGGAAACGUAUGGCUGUGUCCUGGAGUGGGGCAAGAGAGGGAAACAAGGUGUUGGAUUUGUGUUGUGGAAGCGGGGAUUUGGCGUUUCUCUUGUCUGAGAAAGUUGGUCCCAAUGGCAAGGUGAUUGGGCUUGAUUACUCCAAGGAGCAAUUAUCAGUUGCUUCAUCUCGACAACAUUCACGCUCAAAGGCCUGCUACAACAAUAUUGAGUGGGUUGAAGGCAAUGCUCUUGAGUUACCAUUUUCUGAUUGUUACUUUGAUGCUAUCACCAUGGGAUAUGGGCUGCGUAAUGUGAUUAAUUUCCAUAAAGCCAUGGAGGAGAUGUAUCGAGUCCUGAAACCGAGUUCAAAGGUGUCCAUCCUCGACUUCAACAAAAGCACCGACACAUUUAGCGCUUCAAUUCAGGAGUGGAUGAUUGACAAUGUAGUCGUUCCUGUGGCAAAUGGUUAUGGUCUUGCUGAGGAGUACAAGUAUUUGAAAAGCUCUAUUCAAGAUUUUUUAACAGGUUCUUUCUUCUCGUUAACCAACUGGAAGGAGUUAGAGGAGCUUGCCUUAGAAGUAGGAUUUACAAAUUCAAAGCAUUUUGAGAUUGGUGGAGGACUAAUGGGGAACUUAGUAGCCACACGGUAGGCGCGUCUUAUUUAUUGUUUGUUAAGCAGUUUCUGAGUGAAUGUUAUGCCUUUGAAACGAUACAUCUAAAUUUUGCCUGAUAUAUAUACUUUCAGCUUUUAACCCGUGACGAAAUUGAGUUUUUAUUCUAGUUGUGAAACUUCUAAAUAAUAUGUUUAAAUUUUGAUUGGAACAAAAUUUGGAAUUGGAUUAUUUCAUACAA